CAAAGCAAUUAGCGACGAUUGGCAGCUGCUUCUUCAAUUCGAGAUUCCGCUGUGAGAGAGAGAAUUUUCAUUUUCGAUUUCUCGAGCCAAAAAGAAAAAAGCUAGUGGACUAGAAAGGAGGUCUAAUAUUAGCAAACUACUGCUUACGAAGUCGAAAGAAGAAAACGGAUCGAGAAGAAAUUAAUUUUUCAUCGAUCGAGAUAUGUACGAGUGCGAUAUCGAUAUGACUAGCGACGUGAAUUGAUGCUUCGAAAGUGAGAGGAGGCGUUCGGAAGAGUAGCGGAAAUGAUGAUGCCGCCACCGCAAGUCGUGGGUGUCCUGCUGAAGAAACCAGGGCAGCAGACUCAUCCACGAUUACCUCCUCUGGAUCCACAGGAGACCAAAAUUAAAGGCGAGCUAUAUGUGGAAGAUCUCAGCGAAAGAAGAACAGUUUCCAUCAGGAUGGGCUGGCUAUGGGUCGAAGGUACUCCGAUGAGGUUACCAUUGAGAGCAUUAAAUCUUCGUCAGGCACCACCGAGCCUCUGUCAACCUCACACAUUUGCUCUCGGUUUUACCUUGAGCGAUUCAGAGAGUCGUUCGCUCGCCACCUUUUGGGCUGACACGGAACCGAUCUAUUGGUCUUGGGUCAGAGCGAUUGCGGCCGAAUUAGUCCGACAAACGCCGUUUCGCGCUCAACGAUGCUUGAACUUCCUGGAGAUAUUGACCAUUUGUCCGAGAGGUCCGGUUCCAUUGCCAGACAGUCCGACGGAGACGAGAAGGCGAUCUCGCAGUGAAUUACGUUGCUGGCCAAGCGAUUCACCGACGGAGAAGAUGGCGUUGUGCACGACGACGAUCCUUGACGAUUCCAGGAGGAGGGCAAGGAGUGAAUUACGCGGUUGGUCCAGUAGUAACUCGAGCGACGAAGACCUGUUGGGAGAAUUUCGAAGCAUACCCACUGUGAUAAGCAACAAGGACCAACCGGUCAGUAGAGCGUGGGGUUGCAGCGAAAGCAGCGAGGGUAGCGACGACAGUCUCCCUUGGGGUGGCAUAUGCCGGUCGAGCGAUACAGUGGACUCCCGCAGCGUCCCUUUACCGGAACCAGAAACAAGAGAACAGAGGAUACAGAGAUACAAAGAGGCGCGCAGACGCGAAAACGAAGCGAGAAGUCGACGAGUCCUUGAAGAGGAUGCGAGGCGGAAAGCAAGAGCCGAGGAAAACAACAACAACUUGCCGAAGAUCUACGGUAGAACCAGAAGUAGGAUUUGUUCUGUCAACGAUAACGAUGAUGCUCAUCCGACCCGUUCGCUUAAAAAGGAACUUCUUACAUCGACCGACAUACGAAAGCAAAACGAGAAUUCGAUUAUCGAUCGAUUACCUCCGCUCAAACCGAACGAGAUCUCCACAGUGAGGUUUACUGAGGAAAAUUAUCGAAACGAGGACGAUAAACGGAACAAUAAUAGUUCUAGAAGUGGAAACAACAGUCCUGGAAUACUCAGGCCGGACAUCAAUGAAAGGAGAAGUAGAGCCAGAGAGAGAAGAAUCAUUCGUGACAAGGCGCAGCUACCGCAGGUCCAGCAAUUGAUGACCGGUAUCACCAUCGCUAACGUGGAAACUCUUCGGGAACGGAAAGAGCGGCUGGCUCUCCUGUCUUCCAGAAUUCCCAUUCCCCGUCAAUUGUCGCAGCCUUGCCAAAAAUCCAUGGAUUGCCCGGCAAUUGCAUCCCCGAGUUCUCCAUCGGCCUUAACGGUACCACCUUGCGAAGAGGAUGUUGCCAAACUUUUGGAGCGAUGUCAGAGGGUAGACAAAUACGUGCCGGUGCGGGAGAAGCUGACUUUAUUUGAAUCUCUUUCGAGAUUAGGCGGUCGCCUGGCCAGAAGCACGGAAGAUCUUGGUCGAACAUCUUGCAAGCCCAGUCCCAAGGGCAAACAACGCGCCCGGUCUCUUCAUGAUCUCAACCGAGGCGCCAGGGCUCUACCUGUAAGAGAAAUGUGUCGAUUUUUUGAAGGCGAUCUAGAGCAAGACGCUUGCCAGAAAGCGAUGAAUCUUGCGAAAACGAGAUUUAGCGAUCCACCCGCGAAAAACACAUGGAAAGAUCCGAGUUCGAAAUACGAGGCACCAUGCAUCAGCACUUCCGUGAGAAAGAAACAUUAUUUAAAGUGAAUGCAACUAGUGAAUCGUUCUUUCAGGACAUUUCAGAGCUUAACUCUCUAAUAAGAUUUUCAA